CACAGAGUCGGGAGCAGCACCUCAGGACACAGCGAGCACUGGAGGAGGAUUAAACAAACAGCAGGACGACAGCUGGUGAAGUGCCACCUUUCUAUAAGUGCGGAUGUGCUCUCAAAUGGAUUACGCUAUGAAGUCCCUCAGCCUUCUGACUCCGUCUUCCCUCUCCAAGUGCGUGACAGCCAGCGUCUCAGCCAGCGCCUCCAUGACCCAGCAGCUCCUGUCGGGCCGAGCUCCUCGGCCAAGGCCCUUCAGGGUCACAAACGCUGACCGCAGUGCGAAGAAGGGCAUCAUGGCAGACACGCUCGAAGACCUGAUGAACAAGGUCAGCGACUCAUUGAGUGUACUGUGUGUCAGCGCCCUGGUGCUGGAUGAAGACGGCACAGGGGUGGACACAGAGGAGUUCUUCCAGACGCUGCCUGAAAACUCUGUCCUCAUGGUCCUGGAGAAGGGCCAGAAGUGGACCCCACAUCCAAACAGCCCCUCCAGAGAUCGGCUCAGUGAGUGCAGGCCGCAGCACCGGACAGAUGUGGCCAAGCUGACUUUUGACCUCUACAAGAACAGCCCCAAGGAUUUCAUUGGCUGCCUGAACGUGAAAGCAACCCUGUACGGUGUUUAUUCGGUGUCCUAUGACCUGCGCUGUUAUGCUGCCAAAAACAUGCUGAAGGAGGCUCUGCGAUGGACCAUCUUCUCCAUGCAGGCCACAGGCCACAUCCUGCUGGGCUCCUCCUGCUACAUCGAGCAGCUGUUGGAGGAGGAGGAGCGAGCGGAGAAGAGCCUGGCGCUGCCACAGGAAAGCCGGAUCAGGCAGCUGCAGAGCAUGCUGCUGGGAAAGAUAUCUCACUGAUGAUGGACUAGAGCUGACGAAAAACACAUCGUCUUAGAUUUAGGACACAGUGUAGAUGUCGCAGAUGAAACGGGUGAUCUGCACCUGUUCAUGUCGUCGUUUGCAGACAUUUCCGUCUCCUCUCACAGUCACUUUCUUGUUCUGUUACAUCUUUUUUUGUCCCAUGUGUACGUAGAGGCCGUCACCACAUGUUAUUCCUCAGAAAGCAC